CAAUUUGGGAACCACUAAAGGACCCACACAUUUGUUUUGUUUUUGACCGGCAGCGCAUGCGCGCUUCACUCUUAACUGGACGACGAGGCUGUGACAACUUUUAAACAUUUUUUUUUUUUUUUUAAAGUCAAAGUGUGCCUCACGACCCCUGCGUUCUACCGAGGAUUGCUGACGUUCGACAGAGGUCUGAACACCAGAGUCCGGUUUGAAAAUAAGUGAUUAAAGGGUUUUCUGGAGCAGGAAGAUUGGGGUCGCCGGAGGUUUCGAAUAACGACACACAGUGAGGAGACCAUGUGGUGGUUCCAGCAGGGUCUGUCCUUCCUGCCUGCGGCGCUGGUUGUCUGGACAGCAGCGUCCUUUGUCUUCGCUUACAUCACAGCGGUGUCGCUGAAACACGUGGAUCCUCUGGUGCCUUACAUCAGUGACACAGGAACGAUGGCACCAGAGAGGUGUGUGUUUGGCAUAAUGCUGGAUGUGUCAGCCUUUUUAGGGAUAGCCACGGUGUACGUGCGUUACAAACAGGUGGAGGCUCUGACAGGUGAAGACGAGUUCAAACUGCACAGACUGAACCGCUUCGGGCUGCUGCUCGGCUUGAUCAGCUCUUUUGGUAUGUGCGUGGUCGCAAACUUCCAGAAGACCACGCUGUUCUCCAUGCACUUGGUUGGGGCGGUGCUGACUUUCGGGAUUGGGGCUCUCUACAUAUUGGUUCAGACGCUGCUCUCGCUCCACAUGCAUCCUCACGUCCACAGCAGGACCACUUUCCUGGUCCGGCUCGGCGUCGGACUCUGGACCAUGAGCAGCAUCAUCAGCAUGUUCGUAUCGUCAGUCAUCAUGUACUGCAGUCUGCCGGGAGUGGACGUACCUCGCAAACUGCACUGGACUCCUGGAGAAACGGGUUACACGGCUCACAUUAUCAGCACGGUGUCUGAAUGGUCCCUCGCCUUCUCCUUCAUCAGCUUCUUCCUCACCUACAUCAGAGAUUUUCAGAAAAUUAAUUUGCGAGCUGAAGCAGAUGUGCAGAGCAGCCACCUGUACGACAACUGGCCACACGAUGGCGUCGCAGCGUCCCAUUUCAAACGUGAAGCCUCUGAGUCUUCUCCACUGCUGGCCGGAGGAACAUGACCAGCUGCAGAGCACCCGGCCACUUUUACACCAGUUUUAACUCUUUCUUAUCAUGCCUAAAGGCUUUUUAUAAAGGCUCUCUUAAAGCUGGUUUGGUGGCUCAUAAAGGGUCAGUACACCGAAAAACAUAUCCUCUCCCCUCUAGUAUUAUCUAUGUAGUCAAAUAGUUGGGUUUUAUUCAUCCUAGUUUGGAGAUUUCUGCCUCGCCCCAAUAUGGUUAAGGUGUGUGGAAUUUAGUUAAGUAAACAUAACAAACUUGGACAUUUAAAAUCCAAACUAUUUGACUAGGGAGAUAAUAUGAGGGGGAAGAUAUAUAACCCAAACAUGAUGCUUUGCACUUUGCUCAAACUGCAUCGGUCCUUCUCGGUGACUUUCUCCACUUCAUGUACUGGAUGCUAUUACAUUUUAAAACAUCCACUGUGGUUUACUUUCAGUUAUAAAUUAUACCUGCUCUUCCUUUACAUGUCUAAGAACCCUACUGGGAUCAUAUGGUAGGAAAAAAAACAUAUUUAAAAAUAAAACAUUAAAAAUCCUAAUUUUAUUAUUUCUUUAUUCUGCAUUCAAACAAUUAAAGCUGCCGUGGGCAGAAUGCAAAA